CGUUGAAAGCGGAAGUAAACAAACAGCACGUAGCGGUCAAUUUAACUCUUUGGUACAUUUGGAAUAGAUAGGUCAUUGUCGUGAUAUAAUUUAGUUUCGCAUGGUAUAUUAUAACAUUUUUAUCCUGGUCUGUAUAUUAUUUGUUUGAUACAACAAAUUCGUAUUUUUUAUUAUUUUGGUUGCUAGCAUGUAGCGUUAGCCUUGCUAACAAGACCGACCGAAGCUAUUUCUGUAAGAUGGUUUGAGUCUUUUAAAGUCUUUGAGUCUUUAUGGACAAACUGACGCAUUGACAGUAAACCGUCGGGAAGCCAGACAUUGCCUUGGAAAUAAAAAAUGAACGGUCAAGCUGAAGUAGAGGUGGAUUACAAGAGAAAAUACAAAAAUCUUAAACGCAAAUUGAAGUUUCUUGUAUAUGAGCAAGAAUGUUUUCAGGAGGAGCUAAGAAGAGCUCAGAGAAAAUUAUUAAAAGUUUCUAGAGAUAAAAGUUUUCUGUUGGACAGACUGUUGCAAUAUGAAAGAGUGGAUGAAGAAUCUUCUGACUCUGAAGCUACCGUGUCCUCUGAGAGUGAAGGAGAAGGAGCCAGAGAGUGAGACAGGGAAGCAGGCAAGAAGAAGAGGAGUCCUGGGGUUCCUCCGGUCCCCUCAUCACCGUCUCCUCAUCUCUCACUCCUGUCUCGCUCCGGAGCGGUUCCACUCCAGUCUUCUGCUCCUGCACAGUACCUGAACACUUUACCUUUCCCUCCUGAGUAUUUGGCUCCCUCUGCUGAGCGAGUGAAGAAAGAGAGAAAAACAAAACUGGCCAAACACAAGAAAGGCGGUUCGGGGAAGGUGGUCGGCCCACUGACAUCGAAUUACCCUGCAGGCAGUGGUGCAGCUGGGGGUGCGAGUGGGCCCUUCAGCUGGGUCCCACAGCAGAUGCUGAGUGAAGAUGCAGCUGAGGAGGAGGGGGAAAGUGAGGGAGAGAGUGACAGAGAUGAGGAGAGAGGAGAGGGAGAUGAGGCAGAGCUGGUCAUCGACAUACCCAAUGAGUGAAGGUGACAAAGGACAACACAGUCACAAAAUUUGAUAAUUUGUUAAAAGACCUUUUUUAAUGUCAUUUGUUUGUCCAAGUAACAUGCAAUUAAAAUGUUUAAAAAAAUAUAUGCCUCUUGAUGUUUCUGUCUGU